AUGAUUGGGAGGAUGAGGAAUGAGUAUGACUUAUUGGACGAAAGAAUCAGCAGAUUCUGGCACCAAGCCUUCAAGGGAGCAGUGGAAGAGAGAAUACUCCUGAAGGACCUGAAUCUACCCCUUGCACGGAUAAAACGGCUGAUGAAGAUUGAGGAGGGGGUCAGGAUGGUUGCUUCAGAGGUCCCUGUCUUGUUUUCGAUGAUAACAGAAAAGUUCAUUGAGGAGCUCACUCUUCGGGCCUGGAUAAACACCGAGGAAAACAAGAGAAGGAUACUACAGAAGUCUGAUCUAACAGCUGCUGUGAAGACGUCCGAGAUGUUUGACUUUCUUGUAUAUAUUGUCCCAAGGAAUGAUCUUUUGCAUCCUUUCAAUCAUCUAGUGCCCAACAAGGUGCAUCAUGGUGGAGAAGACUUUUCCGCCAGAGGAGAUGCAUAUGUGAAGCAGCAUGUGCUUGGAGAAAGGCAGAUGAUGGAAGACAUGGCCGAGAAGAUGGGGAAUCCGCACCAGGGCUUUUAUCCCCAGGAGCAUCGGGUAGGGGAUGAGGUUGCUAAAUCCAUGGCCAACUCUCAUGCGGAUGACUAUAGAAGAGGGUUUGAUAUUCCCUUUGGUAGAGACAUGUCUGCAGAUAUAGCACCAAGUUCCUUCAGAUGA